AUGGCGGACGUCGCGGGGUUGCUCGCCUCAGCCAUCGUCACCCAGGUGGGUGCGAAGCUAGGCUCCGUCAUCGGAGAUCAGGUCUCAAUGCUGUGCUGCUUCGAGGAUGAUAUGGAGGACAUGAAGGCAACGGUAGAGUCGAUGGAGGCUACACUGGAGGAUGCAGAGAAGAGGUCAAUCAAGGAGGAGGUGUGGCUGUGGCUGAAGCGCCUCAAGAAUGACGCCCUGGACAUCUCCGAUAUGAUCGACGAGUGCCACACUGAUUCCAAGCAGACUGAUGGAAAGAUGACGGGGAUUUUCUCAUGUCUUGACAUUGCAUCCAAGAUUUCCGUGGCUAAUAAAAUGAAGAAGAUACGUGACCAACUGAGAAAGAUUAAAGAGGAUCACCAGAACUUCAGAUUUGAGCCUUACCAAAGAAUGGACAAUGAUCAUCUGUUUAUUACUGAUAGAGAAACAACAUCCAUGAUCAACAAAGCAGAUAUCGUGGGGAGAGACAAAGAAAGAAAGAGAGUCAUAGCAUUGUUAUCUGCAAGCAACAACAAAGAAGGCGCUGCAAUUCUUCCAAUCUUUGGGCUUGGUGGCAUUGGCAAGACAACAUUGGCUCAACUAGUUUUCAGUGAUAUCCAUUUCAAGGAGUACGACCAUCGGGUAUGGGUUUAUGUGUCCCAGGUGUUGGAUAUGAAAAGGGUAGGGAACACCAUAAUUUCUCAAGUACUGAAACAAGGGAGACAUGAUGGAGAUAACAUGGAGUUCAUAAACCAGCGCAUUCAAGAACUACUUGAUGAUAGGAAGACACUUAUUAUACUAGAUGACCUGUGGGAGACAGACGACUCUCAAAAAAAUACACACUUUGAAUCUAGAGGGGACAAACAGCAGCUAGAGCAAAUUGGUCAGGCUAUUGCAAGCAGGUGUGGAGGUGUGCCAUUAGCAGCUCAAGCACUAGGGUUCAUGUUGUCCAGAAUGGAUCUGAAGCAAUGGAAUGAAGUGAGCAAUAGUGAUAUUUGGAAUGAACCUUUUGCAGAAAAUUCAGUGUUGCCAUCCCUGAAGUUAUCUUACAUUGCUAUGCCGCCAAAUCUGAGGUUAUGCUUUGCCUACUGUGCCAUCUUUCCAAGAGGCCACAGUAUUUCUAAAGAUAAUCUGAUUCACCAAUGGAUUGCUCUUGAUUUCAUCAAGCCAUCAAAUAUGUUUCCAAACUUACUGCUUGGUGACAAGUAUUUCAGCCAACUCUUAGGCAUGUCUUUUCUUCAGCAUUCAAAGUUGCCAAUUGUACGUUACACAAUUCCACGACUAAAUGGUUUCUUUUUUCUUUUAACUUCUCUGUCCUGA